GUGCGUGGCAAUGUGUACGGCUUCGACCCGCUCACGGCCGACCAGCGGGACGACCUCUUCCUGCGGGGCGGCCAGCUCGCCCGGGUGCUGGGCCACCAGCCUGGCAACGUUGCGGCUGCCGCCGACCGCCAGUGGCGGGUCUCCGACACGGGCCACGAGAAGUUCAACGAGGUGGUCGCGGACGGGAGCAUGUUGGGGGAUCGAGCGGUCGUGAAGGGCGACACCGGGCUGUACUGUAUCGACGAGGGCGCCAGCGAGUGGGUGUCCGUUCAGCGUGUGCGGGUCCAGGACCACGACGCCUGGCUGGAGAAGAAGCGCAGCGGCCCGGGUCGGGACCUGCGCAUUCUUCCUGUGCAUCGCGACGCGGGCGGCAAGAGAGUGAUGCUGCUCCGCGAGUCCAUCAACCUCUUCCGCGAGCCGAAGUUCCCCGACUGGCCGUUCGAGGGACCCUCGGCCGCCAAGGAGGUCUUGGGCGACGUGGCUGCGGCGGGACUGGAGCUCCAUCUGUACCCGACGUGGUGGGAGAGCAAGAGUGGGGUGAACCCAGCGGGCAGCGUGGCGCGGGAGGUGCGUCUGGCCUUCGACUACCUGAGGAUGCUCCAAGCAUACGACCAGACAAACAUGGUGUCCUUGGCGGCGGUGGAGCUGAUCUGCCGCCGCAUCGUCGUCUGCCAGAAGGCCGUGCGGCGGAACCCGAAGGCGCCGGACUUCACCGGCCUCGAGCGCUUCGUGCUGUCCAACUUCGACGAGUCAGGAGGACUCAAGACGACGGAGUUCGACAAGUACAUGGCGGAGCAGCAGAAGGCCAGCGCCGUGGUGCUCAAGAGUAUGCGGCAGGACGUCGAGGAGCAGGAGAACGAGAAGAAGAGGCAGGCCGGCCGCCAGCAAGGCGGCGGCAAGACGGGCAACGCGGGCGACGAGCCCUCAGCAGCAGCCCUCGUGUCAGACGCGGUGGCGGCGCUGAAUGGCCUGGCGUCAGCGCGGAUCGGCCGACCACUGCAGGCGCGGCGGUCGCGGCCAGCAGAGCGAGAGGUCACGUCGGCUCAGCAGUCGAUUCUGGACCGUGUCGCGGAGCGGGUAGACGACCAGUUUCCUGCCCCUCCAGAUGCUAGUUUUUCUUCGGCGCUUCCGGACCUCCUGAAGUGCGCGGACAUGUAUUUGACGAGCGAGUCCUCCAGCCGGGUCCCCAUCCAGCUGGAGCGGCUCAAGAUUUUGCAGAACAGCACGAUGCCCAAGGAAGCCCUGGAUGUGGUCGGCGCGGACGCCCGCAAGCUGCUGGCGGACCCCUGGCGCUACAUCGAGCGGCGGGCCAACGACGUGGAGGCGGACGGUCCACCUCCUCGACCGUACACCGACCCCAGACUUCGGUUCAGCCGCAAGCUGAUGAAGGAGCUCGUGCUCACCCUCCACCGGGGCAACCUCGUGGUCUUCCGGCCCUCGGUGAAGGCUUUCAUCGGCCUCUUCACGGUUGUCAAGAAGGACGGCUGGUGGCAGCGGCUUAUCGUCGACGCCCGCGUGCCGAACCAUUGGCACCGGCGGCCGCCGCACUCGUACCUGGCGACGCCGGGGGCGGCCUCCGCUCUCGACCUGAGCGAUGCCGCGCUGGAGCCUGGGGCCGCUGGCUCGCUUGAGCUGUGCGGCGCCGCGGUCGACCUGCAGGACGGGUUCUACCAGCUGGGCUUCAAGGUGAUGAGCGACUGGUUCGGCAUCGAUUGCCGGAUGACCGCCGCCGAGGCGGGGAUCACGCAGGUCUUCGACGUCGUGGACGGGGUCGGCACCUGGCUGCCCGUCGCGGCCAAGGCUCAGCUGCUCCGCGACGGGCAGCCCGCGCCCCGGCUGGCCAAGGGGCGCCCGGUCGCAGCGCCGUACGUGGACAAUGGGAACUUGUUGUGCUUCGACCGCGAGGACGCUGCCGCGUUCUACGGCUCGAUGGUGGCCGUCCUCAGCGAGCGGGGCUUCACGCUGCGGGACAACGUGGAGUGCGACGCGAACCUCGACAUGGUGGGUUUCGAGCUGCAGGGCGCCAAGUUCGUCUGGAGGCAGCGGCGGUCUCGGUUCUGGCGUCUGUGGCACGCGCUGCGGCAGCUGGAGCUCCGAGGCGGCUGCACGGGGGAGGUGAUGCGCAUCAUCCUCGGCCACCUGGUCAACUUCUUCAUGCUCUCGCGGCCCGCCCUCAGCGUGUUGUCGCAGCUGUAUGUUUUUAGCACUGAGAACCUCGGGCGCUACCGACGGUUUGACGGCCAUGUUCGAGGGGAGCUGGUCACCUGCCGCGGCUUGUUAGCCCUCGUUCGCAGUCGGCUGCGGCCGCACCACUACCCAGUCGCCUUUUGCUCAGAUGCCUCGACGCGGGGCUGCGCGAUCCACAGUGGGCAGAUCGACCCCCACCUGCUGUACGACGUCUGCCGCUGGCGAGAGCGCUGGCGAUUCACCGUCGCGGAGGAGGACGAGGGGCCCGGCAUCGACGGGGCUCAGACCGGCCUGGACGCCGACUUCCGUGAGCUGGGCGCCGACCUGGACAUCGAGGACGGCGACUGGGAUCGGAGGGGCGACCGCGCAGUUCCUGUGCGGCGCGCCCCGCGGGUCAGCAGCCUGGUGCCUGCCGAGGCCCUGCGGGCUGCCGAGCUCGGCCUCCCGCACCCCAGGGUCACGGGGGUCGUGCCCGCGCUGCCGGACACGCUGGUGGCGCCGACGCGCUGGCGGCGGCUUCUGGUUGGCGCCUGGCAGCGCCGCGAGGCGAUCCACAUGAAGGAGGCGAGGAUCGCGCUGGUGGGGCUGUACCACGCCGUCCGGGACCCUGCCAGCCACGGAGGCGCGGUCUUGUCGCUGGGCGAUAACCUCUCGGAGGUCCUCGCCACUGAGCGGGGCCGGGCGCAUGACCCCGCCCUCAACUCAGUGUGCCGCCGGGCAGCGGCGGUCGAGCUCGGAGCCGAGGUGAGGUGGGUUCGCCGCUACGUGGAGACGGACCGCAACCCCACGGACUCGGACUCCAGGCUCGCGGAGCAGGGGAUCCUGGCGCCGGGCGAGUCGCUGCGCGGGGGUCGCCUUGCUGCCCGGCUGGGGCGCCUGCGCGAGGGCGCGUGCCGCCCCGACCGCGUGCCCGAGGGCGCCCCGCGCGCCGCCGCGGGCUCGGCGGCGGCGCCGGCGCCUCCCGCGGGCCCCCAGCGCCGGCCACUGUGGCCUGGUGCACGGGGGCCAUCGCAUCGGCGCGACCGCGCUGGGGUGCUGGAGAUCUUCGGCGGGAGCUGCAGGUUCUCUGGCGCGUGCGCGGCGGCUGGCCUCCGCAUCCUGUGCCCUGUCGAUGUCUCGGCCGGGCCGCACUUCAACGUUCUUUGCAUCGCUGUCCAGCAAAAGAUACUGCAUUGGAUUUCUCACGGAUAUGUCUGUCAUGUACACAUUGCUACCCCGUGUACCCGCUGGAGUGUAGCCAACACGACUGGGGCCCCAGACUCGGAAGGUUCGAGAGCAGGCCUUGGGUGCGCUGACUUCGCGGUGCGAGUCCUCAGGAUGUGCCAUCGGUGUGGGGUCUCCGUGUCGCUCGAGAACCCUAGGUCUUCGAGGCUCCUGAAGUACCCGCCCCUCGCUAACAUCUUCGCGAAACUGGGCUGCGUGUCGUUCGAGUAUCACUGUUGUCGCUAUGGGGCUCCUUACCUUAAGCCGACCGUGUUCGUGACGAACGUCCCGAGGCUCUCGGGCCGGGUGCCCUCCGCCGUGAUGGCGAGCCGGCGCUCGACCCGCGCUAGACGGGCCGUGGCCAAGACGGUGAAGGUGUCCCCCGGCGAGGAGGGCUACUUGAAGCAGAGGUCGGUGGGCGGGGCCACGCUGCGGCUGUACCAGCGGGAGUGCGAGAUGCUCGUGGCCUGGUGGAAGGCGCAGCGUCUCUCAACCGUGAGCACAGAGGCUCACGACGAGGCCCUGGAGCGCUACCUCGACAAGCUCUUCUUCGACGGGGAGCCCGCGAGCCGGGCCAACAACGUCGUCCACGCCCUGAUGUGCCACAUCGACGAGGUCUGGGCGAAGACGCCGCACUUCCCCCGGACGCGGCGAGCCCUGCGUGGCUUCCGCAAAGCCUCGCAGACCAGGUCGCGGGAUGGGUGCCCGUGGGAGGCAGCGCUGGCCCUUGCCCAUUGGAUGGGCCGCCAGCGAACGCCGUUCAUGGCGAACUCGGCGGCGCUCACCCUCGUGCUCUUCGACGGCUACCUGCGAGCCUCGGAGGGCCUCGGGCUGGGGCGGGACCAGCUCAUCCCGCCGCAGGGCGGCCACGGCGCCAGGAGGUGCUGGGCCGCCAUGAUCUGCCCAGAGGAGGAAGGGCGCCCUACCAAGAGCGGCGACUUCGACGACACGGUCAUCUUUGGCGACACCUCGGAGGCUCGAAGGCCGCUGCUCACCAAGAUCCUGCAGGUGCUGCAUCGGACGACCGAGGCGGGCGCGCUGGUGUUCGACGGCCUCUCUCUGAACUCGUGCGAGCGGGUCUUCCGGCGCGGGACCCUGGAGCUCGGGCUCGAGAACCUGCGCCUCACCCCGCACUGCCUUCGACGCGGCGGUGCGUCGACAGAUGGCCUGGACGACCUCCCGAUCGUGCAGAUCCAGAAGAGAGGCCGCUGGAAAAGCCUGGCAAGCUGCAAGCGCUACGAGAAAAAGGGCCGCCUCUUGAAGCAGCUCGACCGCCUGAAG